CACCAACUGUCUUGUCUAUAUCUGCCCAGCAUAACAGCCCUGGUGCAGUUCCAAAUAAUUGCUAUGGGACGCUACUGACGCGAACGGUUAUAUUGGUCCCGGCGACGUGUGUCUAUGAUCGAAAACUUGGGAAACCGUAUCGCAUGAUUAAAGUGAAUACCCAGUCUAUUGGCAAAACAAGAUCAGCAGUUCAUGUCUCUCCUACAUGGUUAAAGAAGGGGCAUACUUCGUACAACCUGGCUUUGGUUAUAAUACCAACCCAGAGGAGCACGCCUACGACUAAGUUAAAGUGGAACCCAUACACAAUUGAACAACUCCAAGUGAAUUUGAAGACCCCUACAAAGAAGUUUACUGGCUGUGUUAGCUUGAAGAAACUGGGGACUGCUUUAGAUGAAAACAAAGAUCACUUCAUUCCAUUCAAAUGCACAAAUUUAGCCACACCUGAAAGUAAAGGUGGCCCUAUAUACCAGACCAACAAAGGUGUCGAUGAGGUUUUCGGAUUGUAUAAUGGAGCUUGUACUAUAGGUUGGGGACUUAGAAGUAAAAAAGGACACUGCGGUGUAAGAGUUACAGAGAGAACGUACAAAGAGCUGUGUGUUGUGGCCAAGACGAAAGGUCAAACCAUAAAUGGAUGUGAAGAUGUUCUUCUGAACGAAGGUUCAGGAGACACAACUCCAACAAUUAUCACAACAGCAGCUGGCUAUACCGCCGUUGUUAAUACACCCAAAUCGGAAUAUGGCAUCUUGCUGCAAGUCUGUCCAGCAAAGGGAUGUUGCGGCUCAAGGAUUGAACAACUGCAGCGUUUGCCGAAUGUGUUCAGGGACACGGUGGUGCGCCAGAUCAACAUGGUGAAAUUCAAACUAGACGUGACUGAAACCCCUGCAAUGUUCUAUCGGCCAAAGGAAAAAGAUUCCUAUCUACAAUAUGAGGGAACGCACGGUGACUUUGAAGAAUGGAAAAAUCAAAUUUCAAAAGAGAUAGCUGCUGGAAAGAUUAGAAGAGGGAUAGGAAUUGAGGAAGAAGGAAUAGCACAUAGAGUUAAAAAAAGAGGCAGGAUUUCAAUUAUACAAGGACGUACUAUAGCUCAUACAUGUUUAGGAUCAAAACAGUCACAAGAUGUACCUGAAAGCAAUUCUGUACCAUCAUACUGCAAAUAUGAGAUUUGGAGACCUGAAUUCCGCCGGGAGGAACCAUAUCUAAUAGAUCUUGAUAUACGCCAGAUGAAAGGAUACUGCACGUUUAUGUGCCACCCAAGAUUGAUAGAUAAUGGUGCUUGUUUUGUGACGGUUGAUAUUGCUGACUACACAAAGGCUGAUGAGUGUAUUGACUAUUUGGAUGACUAUGGUCUCUGUCAGGGGAAGCCAGAUUGUAAAACCAGGAAAAGACCAAGAGACAAACGAUUCGUUGAUGAUCAUAACUGGAAAAACUGCAAAGGAAGCUUUAUUGGAGGGAAAGCACCCCAGUUUAAACCUGCAAUGGCUGAUAAAAACAUUUGUCAGGACCACAACACCGGAAAUCGAUUUUAUUAUGCAACAUUAUACUCGACUUCACAGAAAAUACCAGCAUGGUCGGCUUACAAAGUUGAGGAUUUAUGUACUUCAAAGGACAGGUCAUCAUCUUGGAGAAAGGAGAAGGAACUAGACUGUAAUGAUCAAGCAUCAAACGAUGAUUAUAAAAGUUCUGGAUAUCACAAAGGGCACCUGAACCCAAACGCUAUACAUAACUGUGACGUUAAAGUCAUGAAGUCUACUUUCACACUCACAAAUGCUGCACCCCAGCGUCCCACGUUUAAUAGUGGCAGGUGGAAUGCACAUGAAGGAAAGACGAGAAAAUAUCUCAAAGAGGAAUGUGUUAAAAACAGUGGGCAUCUAUACCUUAUAACUGGUACCCAAGAACCUUUUAGCGGAACUAUUGGAGCGGGAAAAGUAGGAAUACCAAAAUACUUUUGGACAGCUGGGUGUUGCAUCCAUAAAACCACUGGAAAUUACAUUGGAUCCUUUGCUUAUCGGAGUGAAAACAAAGAUAUUGAUGUUGUUGUAGACAUGGGAGUGAAGACACUCGAGGGGCACCUCAAAAUGGGAAGUAAAGAGCUAUUUCCCGGAAAUAUAAAGUGCUCCAAAAAAAGUUCUGACUUGAAAUGAUUACAUUAACAGCAAGGCAGAAAAGACUGAACAAUUCAAACAUCCAAAAUAGUUCUGUGUACUACUGCUCUGGAU